AAGCCUUGGCCUUGAACACCCACAACCAAACCUAAGCAGCAACUGAAGUACUAGUCAUAUAUCCAACAAUCAAGAAUAAAUAUAAAGGAGCGAACGAUCGAUGGAGUUUCCUACGAACCUUUUGCCAGACGAAGCGAGCCCAGAAUGGAUGAACAAAGGAGACAAUGCAUGGCAGCUUAUGGCAGCAACUGUGGUGGGUCUCCAAAGCAUUCCGGGGCUGGUGAUUCUCUACGGAAGCCUAGUGAAAAAAACAUGGGCCAUUAACUCUGCUUUCAUGGCCUUCUACGCCUUCGCGGGGGUACUUCUAUGCUGGGUGGGGUGGGGAUUCCGCAUGUCAUUCGGCGAGAAAAUGGUGUUCUUCUUGGGGAAACCCGGGGUGGCGGUGGACGAGAAGUUUCUUCUGGGGAAAGCUUUUCUGGGGCUCUUUCCCAAUGCUACGAUGGUGUUUUUUCAGGGGGUGUUUGCGGGGAUCACCUUGAUCUUGAUAGCUGGGGCGUUGCUCGGGAGGAUGAACUUUCGUGCGUGGAUGCUGUUUGUGCCUCUUUGGCUUACUUUUUCGUACACCGUCACUGCCUUUAGCAUUUGGUGCCCCGAUGGCUGGUUGGCAAAGCUUGGAGUUAUUGAUUUCUCUGGCGGAUAUGUUAUUCACCUCUCCGCCGGAGUUGCUGGUUUUACUGCAGCUUAUUGGGUGGGUCCACGAUCUGAAAAGGACAGAGAAAUAUUUGCAUCAAACAACAUGAUUGUGGUGCUUGCAGGCGCAGGCCUGCUUUGGAUGGGUUGGAGUGGGUUCAACGGUGGAGGUCCGUUCGUGGCGAGCACGGUGGCAUCUCUGGCCGUCCUUAACACACACGUGUGUGCUGCUGCUAGCAUCAUCGUCUGGGUCCUACUCGACACUUUCUACUUUGGUAAGCCCACUGUGUUUGGCGCCGUACAGGGCAUGAUCACUGGUCUCGUUUGCAUCACACCUGCCGCAGGAGUUGUGCAAGGGUGGGCAGCGAUCUUGAUGGGUGUGAUGUCAGGAAGCAUUCCCUGGUACACAAUGAUGAUCCUCCAUGACAAGCUCCCAUUCCUAAAGCAAAUCGACGACCCCAUGGCGGUGUUCCACACCCAUGCCGUCGCCGGCGCUCUCGGCGGCGUCCUCACGGGGCUCUUGGCGGUGCCUAAACUGUGCCGUCUCUUCUACAUGGUCCCCGAUUGGGAAAAAUACAUUGGACUCGCCUAUGGCCUCCAGAACGGUGCAACUCAUGCGGGUCUAAGGCAAAUGGCCAUCCAAGUUGGGGCCAUAGUUUUCGUUAUUAUCUUCAACUUUGUUACGACCAGCUUGAUUUGCUUGCUCGUGGGGUCCAUAGUACCACUCAGGAUUGACACCGAUGCUUUGCAAAUGGGUGACAAGGCAAUGCAUGGAGAAGAGGCUUUCGCUUUCUAUGGAGGAGACCCUACAGCAAAGUUUGAGAACCUCAAGCACAAUAAAGUUUAUGAUACUCAAGACUUUUCGUUUGUUAGAGACACAAGGUCAUUUGCCCAGCUUCAAAUGGUAUAAGUAAUUCAAUUACUUGUUCUCAACAAAAACAAAAGAAAAAUGUUCUCUCAUCUUCCUACCAAUUCUGAAUUCUCCUCCGGGUAACCAAAUUAAAGGACUUUUAAAGAGGCUCUAAAUUCGGGUUUGAAUUUAUGCUAAUAAAUGAGGUUUGGUAAA